CGCAAAAAUGACAAACAGCAAUAGCAGAAGGAUAAGUGGGAGUGCAGAUCCCACCUUUUAUUAGCAUAUCGUACAGUGUACAAGAUAAUCGUACACUGGUAGGGAGCUACCGUAAUAUAUGUGCUGGUUGGAAUAAUACUUGAACGUUUUCAAAUGUGGACUUAUUUGUGUCACGUUCUUCAGCUAUAUCAACUUUUAUAUUAUUAUUAAUUAUAAAAAGAUCAUUUAAUUCGAAUACGUGCCACGUAUAUGAUAAAAUAUAACGUGAUUUUACAGUUAAAACGUAUGUUUUAAAAAUGAAGUAUUUUAGUGCGUGAUAUUUUAUGCAUUCUCACAGAAUAACAACACCGUGCAAAAGUAUUUAUUUCACAUUAUGUAUACUUGUGUUAUCUGUAAUUAAUAUUUUGUGGGAUAAGUAAUAAAUCGGUUAUCGAAGGUUUACUUUAAAUUAUAUGAUUGACAAUACAUAGUCAAUUGAAAAUAAAUAAAGUAAUAAAUAUAUUUAUAUAAACUCAAAAUAGAAGAAGUGAAAAAUUUUGUAUUUUUAUCUUAAAAAUCUAAAUAUUUCUCAAUUAACAAUAACCUUGAAUAAGUGCGCAUUUUUUUUACAAAGUUAACAGAAUGCUGUUCAAGUUUUUUUUAUUUUAUUGUAUUAUUAUUACCCAUGGAUUUCGUCUUCAAGAAGCUCUGGAUACCGCCGGCUGUUUAACGUUUUAUAAAAAUAAGUCAUACCGAAAUGAUUGUUUGCAGCUUACAGGCGAGUUUGAGGCUUAUCCAAGAACAAGAGAGAAAGCUGACGCAAACAUUGCUUUACACUGUAGAGGAAUAAAUAUGCUAGUAAUUAAACAUAAUCCCGGAAGCUACAUCAUUCAACCAAGCACUACUGUCGACACUUGGGGUAUAGCCACAGUGAGCAAGGAUGGAUUUUCGACAUUUUCAAACUUGAUACCAGAUACACUUUAUCGUUAUCGUUUACACAGAAUUACACAACACGGCUUUUCAUUACCCGAAACAUCGGAUUGGUUUUCAACUUACGCAGUUGAUUAUCAACCAAGAUCAGUAGAACAUAUUUCACUUGUAAAAAUUAAAGAAGAAAGUAAAAAUGUGUGCCAGCUACGAGCGGAAAUUAUUUUUAAACCUUCUGAAGAUCAGAGUUGUAACUAUAAUAUAUUAUCUUGGUCACAGGAACAUGAUUUGAUUAAUUUUGAUUUAAGAAAGGUAAGCGUGGUUCGAGUUUUGAGGCUGUAUAAGUGCCAAGCAAAAAGAAAAGGAAAUCGGAGUUUGGAGUGGUUGACUAUGCAGGAAAAGUCGACACACGAGGCAAAGACCAAGAUGGCGAAGAACAAAAUCACGAUACCGGUGUUUGAUGAAGAAAACUAUGCAAUGUGGAAAAAGAGAAUUACAACAUACUUGAAGUUCAAGAACUGCGCUGAAGUAAUUACACGUGAGAAGGCACCAGGUGAUACUUCGACACGGGGUGAAAAUGAUCUGAAGGCAAUUAAUUAUAUCUAUAGUGCAAUCUCAGAUAAACAGUUAGAAUGUGGCAAAACUAGACAUAUGAAAAAGGAUUGUCAUCAUGGCGGCCAAGCAGACAAAGGCAAACAAUGGAGGACCAUCAACACAUGGUUGAGGAAACACCGGAAGCCAUUACAUAAGGAAUCAAGGAAGGGGACGCGGCAGCUAUCGCGGCAAUCCGGGAGGAUACCGCGCUAA